AACAUCAAAUAAAGUUUCUUCAUCUAUUAUUGUUAACAAAACUUGGACCUUAAUUAACUAUUAGCAAUAUAAUCAUGGCAUUCACGGCAGAGCAAGAAUCCCUUGUGGUGAACUCAUGGAAUGUUCUCAAGAACAAUUCUGCGGACCACGGUCUCAAGUUUUUCUUGAAAAUAUUCAGUGCUGCCCCAGAAGCAACGCCAUUGUUCUCAUAUUUGAGAGAUACAAGUGUUCCUUUGGAGCAAAACCCUAAGCUUAAGACACAUGCCAACCUUGUCUUUGUCAUGAUUGCUGAAUCGGCAGUUCAACUACGAAAAGCUGGAAAAGUGACGGUAGGAGAAUCAAACUUGAAACAUUUAGGCGUUGUUCAUCUCAAACUUGGUAUCCAAGAUGCACACUUUGCGGUGGCAAAAUCGGCACUUUUGGAGACUAUAAAAGAAGGAGUUGGUGAACAAUGGUCAGCAGCAUUGAGCGAUGCAUGGGGAGUGGCUUAUGAUCAAUUGGUUGCUGCCAUCAAAGCUGAAAUGAAGUAGCUUCCUUUCAUGCAUGCAUUCCAUCUUCUUCAAAUUAUUAAAUAAGAUCGAUACUUAUUCAAGUAUCAUCAUGCAUGUCAGUGUUUGAGUCUUAUAUAUUAUAUAAUAUAUGCUUUUGUUUUGUUGAGGUUUGAUAUAAUAUAUCUAUGGAAGAAAGGAUAUAUAGAUGAUCAAUAAAUAAUCUAGCAUUAUAUAGUAGCUAGAAAAUAAUGAGAGAUUAGAUAUAUAUGUAUAGCUCUCAUGAAGACAUGUAUGUCCUUGCAUUGAAAUAUUUGAGGGUUUC